GUCAUGCAUACAAAACGCAAACACACGCACGCACAUACACUCUGUUUCUGCUAAGCACAUCGCUUUGGUUUUGGUUUUUACAAAGACAAAGCAACAGACGCAACAAAUCCAAGAAAACCAAAACUGAAUCAAAAGCCCAUAACCAAAACAAUCUCUCUCUUCUCUCUCUCUUUCUCUUUUUUUUUUUUUUCUCUCUCUCUUUCUCUCCCCCUCUCUCUCUGAGAGCCAAGAGACCCAGAAAGGGAAAGUAAUGGGGGAUGAUAUGUAUGAGUAUGACAAACAUUACUGUUCAUCUUCAGCUUCAGCCCAUCACCCACAGCUUCCUCCGUCUUCUUCUACUUCAGACGAAAUCUCGCUUUUUGUUCAUCAAAUCCUUCUGGGUUCAUCUUCAUCUUCGUCUUCGUCUUCUCUGAUGGCCCACGCGGCUGAACGAGCUCAGCUCUACAACUCCAAGGUUUUGCCGGGGAAUCCUGACCUUUCAUACCGAUCAGCGCUCGUCCAGGAUGGGAUCUCGGGCGUUGAGUCCUCCAGUGGAGUGAGCACCACUGGCUCCGGUGCUUUCCUCUCGAAUGUGUCCACCUCUUCUCUUGGAGCGAGUGAGAAUGAGACUGAUGAGUAUGAUUGUGAAAGCGAGCCAUUGGUGAUUUCUAAACAUAGGAGGGUCUUGAAACGUUGGUGGAAGAUGGGUCCGCGAGGCCGGUUCCUCCCCGUAGUUCAUCAAAGAGAAGCAGAGCUGCGGAAGUUCAUAACUUGUCUGAAAAGGAGGAGCAGGAUUAACGAGAAAAUGAAAGCAUUGCAGAAUUUGAUUCCAAAUUCCAACAAGACAGAUAAGGCUUCAAUGCUUGAUGAAGCUAUUGAAUACCUAAAGCAGCUUCAGCUUCAAGUACAGAUGUUAUCAAUGAGAAACGGCUUGAGUUUGCAUCCCAUGUGCUUGCCAGGGGCAUUGCAGCCUAUCCAAUACCCCCAGAUGAGAAUGGACCUUCGUGAGGAAUAUAGGCCUCUGCAUCUCAACAUGACAGGCACACAUCAUUUGAACAAAGAAACGCCAUUGCAUGAUGUUUUUGCACUACCCAACCAAUGCACUGCAUCAAACCAGCCAUCUGUUUCCAAUAUGUCAAAUAUUAUCAAUUCAGAAACCCCAUUUGGGUUGGAAUCUUCAUUCCAGGCUCAUUUAGGACCCUUUCAGCUGCAUGCAUCUUCCGAGGAGAUCUGCAGGGGAGACAUUUUGCGGCAUCAGCAAUCAAAUGUAAACCAUCUUGAUACUAAUCCUUUAGAAAUUGAGCUGGGAGCUACUGCAACAGUGUCACUUCCCUUCAAUACACAAGCAUCUGAUCUAAAGGACAGCAGUUCUCUAGAAACAUGCAUUCCGGGAAGAGACCAGUCAGAAGAUGUGCUUCUAAAGGAUAUAGAACACAACCUUAUACUCACGCCACAUUUAAGCAGCAUACACCCAGGAAGAAGUGCCCCCAAUGAGGAUGUCAAGAGGGAAAGACCAUAAUUUUGAAGUUAGCUAAACUGUGUGACACUCUUUUAACUAUUUGAAUAUGGUGUAGCUUCAACUUCUACUACCUUUUGUAAGUCUUCAUAUUGCUUAGGAGAGGCUCCCAUAAUUUUUAACUUAUCUGAAGUUGAGCUGCGAUUGAACAGAAUUUGUCUCAUCAAUGCAUUGAGCAAUGUUAUGAGCUGUUGUGUUAUAGAACUACUGGUGCUAAAUGAGAAAUGAGCUGUGUUACUCUUUGUUGA